UGGUCUCCAUGCAUUGUCCUGAUGUAAAGGUGAUGAUAGAUGAUGGGGGUUUUUUUCCCCCCCCCCCCCCUUCCCUUCCUCUUGGGGGUGCCGCACAGCUGCUACUUCUUUAAGAGACACCGCCCGCCCCCUCGCCUGUAUUUUUAGCUGAGCCAGCUUCUUCAUUUGCUGGAUAAGUCAGGCAUAUCUCUGAGUGUGGACUGGAAGGACUUCAUCGUUUUUUAAUGCAUGACAUCAGUUCGCAUCCUGUGGAUUCGCAGUGGGCCCAUGCAGCCAGAUGUUCCCUUGGAGUGUCUAUUUUUUCAGAUGCUGAAACGCGCAGUCACCCUGUGGAUGCUUGAUGUGCGUUAUGAAACGCAACGCUGCACCGGGUGCCUAAAAUGAGGCGAGAUCAAACAAAUUAAAGGGGAAAUCUAUUCAUCUACAAUCCAAAUAUUGCUGCAGCGCAGAAUCCUGCUCCUCGGCCCGCUGAUUCCUCUUUUCCUUGGACUAGGGGAUCAGGAGAAAACCUUCAAGACGGAGGGGGUAGUGGAGCAUCGAGGGAAAAGCAGGGGCAACAUGAGAGAGCGGGACUUCAUGCCCAACAUGGAGAGAGGCAAACCUGCCACUUACACGGGGGACAAAAAGGCUAAAAUGGCUGCUAAGACUAACAAGAAGUGGGUGAGACUUGCCACUGUUUUUGCAUAUGUGUUGUCGGUGUCCUUAGCAGCCAUUAUCCUGGCUAUUUACUACAGUCUGAUCUGGAAACCGACCAGCGCAUCCUCCUCAUCUGGGAAGCCUGUGGUGCCUGAAGGGGUCUCCCCCACCGCGAACAUCUCAGCAGUUUCUCCAAACAGCAGCGUCUCAGAGUGGAACUCUACACAGACAGUGGUGGUGACUGAUAUGGCUGUGAACCAAACCAGGCUGGCCGCGACCCCGCGCAAUUAUGCGGAAAGGGGGUUCGUCUACUCGCGCGGCGCAGCGGGGACAGAGAGUGCGCACGCGGAAAACCUGAACGCAUCUUCCCACGGUGACACGCACACGAGCGUCCCUCUCACCCCGGAGGAGGAGAGCGACGCGGUGACCGAAAACAGCGGCCCCGAGCAGGCGGCCGCGGACGGAGCCACUGUCCCUCCGACUUAAAGCCGGAGCUGAGAGGAGACUGAUCGGGCCGCCCAUUAUAACCCAUCACUGCACCCUCUCUUAUUUAAAAACGUAAAGUUUUACAUUCUCAAAGCCGCAGGUCGGAUUAACACAAAGGUCUUCUUGCUGGAGAGCUCACUUUGCAGAGCCCCCGGAUGGAUGCUGAACUGCACAUACUAACUCAUAACCUUGAUUUCAUGCCUGAGAACAGAGGACCGCUAUUUUCCUCAAAGAUCACUUUCCCCUGUACUAUGCUUUCCUUUUUGUUUUAAGACAUCUCUAUGCCUUAAAUCCACUUUUGAAGCCAAUUACCUGACCGAAAGUGCGGGCAAAACUGGUAAAAAUGUUUCCAAAUUAUAUAGAACGAUGGCCAGAAUUAUGUCUUUGGUUUUGUAGGACAUUCUGUUAUACUGAGCUGUAAUCUAUCAAUUUAAAUCAUUAUUACAAGGCCAGCAUUUGCUUGUGGGGUCCAUUUAGGUUACAAAAUGGGCCACAAAUUGGAUUGCCUGAAGAUUUCACCAUAGACAUAGGCUGGUGUUAGAUUCUGGUUUAUGAAUGCUACCGUUUUUGCUGUAUUUAUAUUUACAUUGGUCCAGUUGACGGAACCUUGAUCAAUUCAGUAUUGCAGUGAUGAAAUUCUUUGUUUUUCCUCCCUGGGUGUUUCUUUCUACCAAUUUUUAAUUCUUAGUCUAAGUUCAGACCAUGCCUGGAAUAAAAAUGUGAAGCAAAAUGCAAUUUCACUCUUGUCUAAAUUAUGUCUAUGUGCACCCUGAAUUUAAUUUGUUACUUUAAAUUUAAUACAUAUACUAUAGGCAAAAAUAUUGAACUUAAAUUCAGUUGUACAUUUCAAGAGCCUGAAUAUAUGCUUUUUGAUGUUCUUCCAUUUAUAUUGUAAAAUAACAAGCUGGUUUUAGCUGGUUAAUUAGUCAACCUACAGCUGUCUGAGUAGCCUGCCUGCACUUAGGUGCUUUACAGACAUUCAGGUUAGAGGAUGUUAGGUGUCAUUUUAAAACAGUGACAAGUGGUGCACCUUUAGUUUAGUUUCCACACCAUGACCAGUUGUGUCUUUUGUGUCUGGGACUAUUCUGAACAGUUAAAUUUGUCUUUCUUGUAACCAUGAGGGAAGUGUAGCAGCCAUCUUUGAGCCAGCUGAAUCAGCAGUGCACAGCAGCAAAACCUGGGGUAGGACCACCAGAGGUCAAACUUAAAAAAGAAAAAUGCUGUAAUCUGUUACAUGUAAUCAAAUUAAGUUUGUCAAACUUACUUUAUUUACGUUUGCUUUACAUGACAUCUUAAUAAACUUAUAUUUACUUGGAUAAGCCUAAUUUGACUACUUGUAACAAUUUUUUUUUUAAGUUGGAUCACAUUUUAUUUUUUCUCUGUAUACAGCCAGAGAUCACACUGGUCAUUCUGGAAACAAUUUCAGAUGUCAUUAAAAAUAAUUUAAAUAUAUUAAUGCUAUCUAUUUUUGUGCUUUUCAAGCCAUAACUAUUUAAAGUUCCAUACCUACAUAUCAGUAACCAGCCUAUGUCUAUGAAUUGUAAAAUUAGGCAAAAAAAAAAAAAUGGGAAGCAUAUGGGUAGUAGAUGUACUGCAUAAUUUGGUUGGGCCAUUCAGUAUCCAGCCACCCUGAACAAACUUUAUAUGGAGCCAUUAUUCACAUCUUGGCUGGGUACUUAAUUUUUUUUUACAUACAGCCUAUAAACUGUGCUUUCUUUGAUUAAUCAAUCUCUGGAUUCUAUCCCAUUAGAAGAGCCUGCAUUAUUAAGUUAUGCUCAGGUACAGUAUGUGCAUAUAACUAUGUAAAUGUUAUGUGUAUUUGGUUCUGUACAUAUAAGACAGGCAUACAUAUUUUGGCCUUGAACUUUUAGUGAAAUAUAGCAGAUUUUUAUUGAAAGUUACAGUAUAUAUAAUAGGCAUAACUAUAUCCCACCAUACAAAUAAACAUCUGUAGGAAAUUAUUAAUUUCAAUGGUUUUCUAUUAAUUAUCUGUUAUCAUUCUGUACGCCGAUGAUAUAUUUGUUUAUUUAGAGCAUGUUUCUCGAAAUGUGGCACAGGUACUACUGGUGGUACUUGUGCCUGUAGUAGUACUCAGAGGAACAUAUGGUAUCAAAUAUUUACAAGGUAAAUGUAAUGUAAAUGAGCUGUAAUGUAGAGCUAAUAAGCCCAAAUUGCUAAAGAGAUGAGAUGUUCAAGCACAUUGAUCUGGAUGCCUAUUUAGAUCACCUACUGGGAAUACCGAUGAAAACUAGCCUUUUGGUACAUUUACAUUUAAGUUUAUAUGUUUAUUGAUGUACGUUAUCCCUUUUGAAUACAUGUAUACAAAUAAAUAUAUAUUAAAAUAAAUCA